AUCCUCUUGUCCAAUAUCACUCAAUUUAGCCCCAUGUUCUACCUCACUGGCUUUCCUGACUUAGAAACCAAAGACUACUGGAUUUUCUUCCCAUUUUUCUUUAUGUACCUCAUGGCCAUCUCAGGCAAUUGUUUCAUUCUGAUAAUUAUUAAGACCGACCUUUGUCUGCACACACCCAUGAAUUAUCUACUAUCCUUUCUGGCCUUCACUGACCUGAGACUGUCAGUGUCCACCUUGCCCACUACUAUGGGAAUCUUUUGGUUCAACUCCCACAGUAUCUACUUUGAAGGUUGCCAAAUCCAAAUGUUUUGCAUCCACUCAUUUUCCUUCAUGGAGUCCCCCGUUCUCCUUGCCAUGUCCUUUGACUGCUUUGUGGUCAUCUGCCACCCCCUGCAGUACUCAGUCAUUAUCACGAGCCCAUGUGUGGUCAGGGCAGGCCUGGUUGUCAUCCUCCAGGGGCCUAUGGCCCUUGUUCCCCUUGUCUUCCUUCUGAAGGCUUUUCCUUUUUCUUGGUUUCAAGUCCUCUCCCAUUCUUUCUGCCUUCACCAGAAGGUGAUACACUUGGCCUGCACAGACACCACCUUUAACAACCUGUAUAGGCUGUCCGUGGUGGUGCUCACUGUGAUAAUGGACCAGGUGCUCAUCGUGCUGUCCUAUGGGGUCAUCCUGCACACAGUGGCAAAGCUGGCUUCCCCAGAGGAGCGGCUCCAAGACUUCCCAACAUGUACAUCACAUGUCUGUGCUGUGCUGGUUUUUUUUAUGCCCACGGUGGGGCUUUCCCUCAUGCACCACAUUGGGAAGCAUGCCCCACCUUCUGUCCACAUUCUUAUGGCCAGUGUCUACCUCUUCGUGCCUCCCAUGCUUAAUUCAAUCAUAUAUAGUAUUAAGACCAAGGAGAUCCGCCAUGCCAUCAGCAAGCUAGUAUGUUUUAGAAAGGCCAGUGGUGAGUUGUGGAGCUAA